GUUCCACUUCAGUUUCAGAAAGACAUUACAGUAUCUCCUCGUCACCAGAUUUCAUUCCAGUUCUCUUCUCUCCAUUGAUCAUCAUGAGUUGCUUGAGUUACUUCUCCAACUGGGAUCCAAUCCAGCUCCAGGAUUGUCUUACUCCGGACGUGGAUAUGUUUAUCCCGGUUAACGACUCGUUCUUGUUCCAACCUAAACCUCAACCUCAGCAGCAACAUCUGUGCCAAGAACAAGCUUCCUCUUUUGGCUUCGACCCCUUAGGCUCUUUCUCCGAUUCGCUUCUUCUUCCCCAAGAAACAUUUUGCCCCAACCCUAACACCGAUCCUCUCAACCUCCCCCAAGACUUAGAUUCCUUCUUCCCCGCCCCAAAACGCCAAAAGAUCACUGAACCGAGCUACCAGUGCAAUACCCUCGACCAUUUUGCAAACCCUAACCCUAAUUUCGUCGACUCUUACCUCGACAUUGUUCCAGAAGGUUCUACUACAUUCCCGGAGUUUCGCAUUCCGGAUUUUCCCGUGGCUUUUGACGCCGGAAGGGCGGAUCAUACCGGCUGCAACAACGCGAAAAAGACGCAGCUAUCAGCUCAGAGCAUUGCAGCGAGGCAGAGGCGGAGAAGAAUAGCGGAGAAGACUCAAGAGCUCGGAAAACUUAUCCCGGGAGGUCAGAAACUCAACACCGCCGAGAUGUUUCAGGCCGCGGCUAAGUAUGUCGUGUUCUUGCAGGCUCAAGUCGGAAUUCUUCAACUUAUGCAGAGCGAAAUGCCACAGGAGAACCCUAAUGUCGAGCGAGAAAUCCGAGCUUUGCUUGCGUCGCAAACGAUGCAGGAGAAAUUUUCAUCCGAAGAAGUUUGUUUGGCUCCGAGGAAAAUGGUCCAAACCCUAGCCGCAGACGAAUCAAUCUGGAAAACUCCGAGGAUGUUCCAAGACAUCAACAGGCUCUUGUCUGCACAUGAGACUGAUAAGUUUUGA